GAACUGGGGUCUUUUUCUCUCAAUUCUUCUGUCUUAGUCUGGGCAUCUCCUUCUGCUUCUGGCUAUUUACGUACCUAGCCACCUAUCCUACCUACCUAUCUACCUAUCUACCUAUUCAUCUUUGGAGUUCUCUACAAUCUCCUAUACCAGCCCAGGGCCACCACACCUAAUACAACACACCCACCACCUACAAAAGAACCUCAAACAAAAAUGUGGUGGAUGCUCCUCUUCAAAGCGUUCAAAAUCGGCAACAAAGCCUACAAAACCCACAAAAACAAAAACGGCCAUGACGACGCCCUGAACCCCAACUCGAUCAACCUCAGCGGGCCCCCACCGCCACCGCCAGCGCCCCUCAAGACCCGCCUCAAAGCCCACAGCCAGCUGCUGCUACACUUCCUGGAGCUCGUCUUCGGGCUCACCGUCGUGGGCCUGUACGGCCGGGACGUGCGCGCGGCGCAUAAGAACGGGGAUGCGCAGAAUGCGAAGUGGGUGUAUGCGCUUGUCACUGGGGCGCUGGGGGCGGGGACCGGGUUGGUGUAUCUUGGGUAUGGGGUUGUCAUGGUGAAGUUGGAUAAGCUGGGGCGGGAGAGGAGGAUGGUGGGUUCGUUGGGGAGGCUUGCGUGGGGGUUUGUGUUGGUGGUUUUGUGGUUGGUGGUGUUUGGGGUGUUUGGUGGGAUGUAUAUUGGGGUUCAUGGGGAGGGGUCGGAGGAGGAGGUGUCGAAGACGAAGAGGAUGAGGCAUGCGGUUUGGGUGGAUUUAGUGAACUUGGUGUUUUGGGUUGGGGGCAUGGUCAUCGAGGGACUGAGGUGGUGGAGGUUACGCGGCGGACGGGGGGUUGGUGGUGGUCUGGAAACUGGGGAGAAGGAGGUUGCUCCUGCUUAAUGAUGGGGACCUUUUUUUUUUCUUCUUGGGUUCUAUGUGGGAGGUGAGCUGGUCUCAUGGGGGGUGGUUUGUAUAGAUGAGGUGGUUGGGUGCGGAAAUGAUAUUUGCCGUGUAUUCUACUUGCUCUUGGUCUUCGUUAAUACAUAUCAUAGACCCUGAAUCUUUUUAUUAGCCCCAAGCUACGUCUUGGUCCUCAAAAAUCUCUGGUACCCAGUGUCCUCGUCCAAGGCGACAGCUGCUAUCC